AUGGGGAACUUGAUGAACAAGGAGCCACCACCGCCUAUGGUGCUGGUCCCACCUCUCUUCGACUUUCCUCCUCUCGCAGCGCGCACCAGGAUGUUGGAGUCAUCAUAUGACUUGUUGUUUGGGAAGCUUGCUUUGAAAUGUCUGUUUGACGAUUAUUUUGAACAAGCAAGGCAUUUUAGCACAAUGAUCAUGCUAAAGCCCAUAGAUGAUCCUCAUGUCGAUUUGGUUGCAACUGUUUCAGGACCACUUGAUCACAAACCCGAGGAGAGUAUUGUUGGAAAUGCAUUUUUCCGCUGGCAAAGUGAUGUUGAUGAUCCUCAUACAUUCAUGGACCUCUUCGUAUCGAGCACUGAUCCGACUUUGCAAAUGAGGGCCUGUGCUUACUACCCUAAAUAUGGAUUUGGAGCGUUUGGAAUUUUCCCAAUGCUUCUGAAAAAAAGAAUAACUUCUGAAGACUUUGGUGUUAUGGGAUUGAGAUAUGGCUCCACAAACUUGUCAAUUGGAGCCACAGCCAUGCCCUUCUCCAUGAAAGAUGAAUGUCCAAGAAGGGCAUGGUUGGUGAGCAAGAUGGGAAGACUAACAGCCGGGGUGCAGUAUGAGCCUGAAUAUGGGAGUAAAGAAGGUAAAAAAUACAGAAAUUUAAAGAAUUGGAGUUGUGCAAUCGGUUAUGGAGUGGGAUCAAGCAGCCCUUUGAGUCCAUCAUUCAACUUUGGUCUCGAGCUAUCAAAAAGUUCUCAGUUCAUUGCCUCAUUCUAUCAACAUGUGGUGGUCCAAAGACGGGUGAAAAACCCCCUCGAAGAAAAUGAAGUAGUUGGAAUUACGAAUUAUAUCGAUUUUGGCUUUGAAUUGCAGACCAGGGUUGAUGAUACCAAAUCGUCAAACGAUGUACCAGAAUCAAGCUAUGUACCUCAAGUCCCUGAUUCCACCUUUCAAGUAGCUGCAUCCUGGCAAGCCAAUAAGAACUUUUUGCUGAAGGGAAAGGUGGGCCCUCUCAGCUCAUCUAUAGCGUUGGCAUUUAAAUCAUGGUGGAAACCUUCUUUCACAUUCAGCAUUUCAGCUACCAGAGAUCACGCUGUUGGGGAGACAGGUUAUGGUUUUGGCAUUCGCGUUGAGAAUCUUAGACAAGCCAGUUAUCAAAGAGCCGAUCCAAACUUUGUAAUGUUGACGCCAAAUAAGGAGCACCUGGCAGAAGGCAUUGUUUGGAAAGUUGGGAAAAGACCGAUGCUACAAUCAGAUAUAAAUGCUGGAAAUUUUGACGGCAUACCAAAGGAAUUAAGACCCCUUGGGAAAAUCUUGUAA